CUUUACAAUUUUUAUAUAAUCGUUUAAGAAGAAUAAAUGAAAAUUCUUCUAUACAACAAAUGCCUCGACGGCGUAGCAAUUCAUUACCAAUUCCAAAAAUUGAAGUUUCUCUUUAUCAAAGUCCAGAAAGCAAAAGAAGAAACGACAGAGAUGCUACAGAUUCUGAAGAUCCUAAAGGUCCAAUUUUAUCUACUGAUUUUACAUCUGGCGAUGUUAUAUCGAAAAUGCAUACGGAAAUUAGCCAUACAAGAACAGCUAGUGAAAAAAGUAAAAAGCGAAUGAAAAUGGCUGAUCUUAAAGCUUUUGUUGAAACUAAGUUACUUUCGAAAUCUGAAAAAGCUUUGGAAAAAAUUGGUCAUGAAGAUUCAAAAACAAUUUUCGAACAAGAAUAUCAUCGAAGCUUAGAUACUGGCGAAGGCAGCUUGACAAGACAACCUUCUAUUUCUUCAAAAAGUUUUGAUGCAAGGGACCCUGAUUACAUAGAACAUCCUACAAAUUUAAUAAAAGGAAAAAGUAUGCCAAGCUUAAGAUAUAUUGGUGACACAAAAGUGGAGAGAAAACAAAGUCGUUUUUAUAGCCAAUCAAGCGCAGUACCGAACCCUAUAAUAACCGUUACAGAACACACUCCCACUCCUUCUCCUGAUUAUAUGAAACGACUGGGGUCUAUUGAUAGUCAAUUAGAUGCUAUGACGAGUCACGGACGACAAUUGAAAAAUGAUAGAAAAUCGAGUCUUACAAGAUCGCAAACAGACUCCAAUAUUACAUAUUCAGGAGAUGAAACACCUGAAGCACCUGGUUCAAGUUAUUACAUUACGAAAGAUGGUGAUAUCAAUUUGCAUUCAGUUUUAGAGGCAAUACAGAAUAUAUCAUUGCGGAAUAAUCAGAGUUGCACACUUCGUAUUUGUGAGUCCAUUUUAAAUUUAAUUGAGCUUUUAAUGGAUAUGGGUAUUUUGAAGCAGUCUUUAAGAGACGAUUCUUUAGAAAAUAAUCAAGAUUCAUUUGACAAAUAUGAUUGUGGAAAUAAAAAACAAGAAUCACAAGAUAGUGGUGUUCAAAAAGAUGAAAUUCAAAUAACUGCCCACAAUUUAAUGAUGAACUGUACUAUUCGAAUUUUGCAUCAUUUAGGUUGUCCUCAUGGUUGCUUGGAUGGAAUACGCGGACCUCAAGCUGACUUUUGUCGAUCUCAAAUACAAACUAUUCUCAAUAAGUUGCAUGCAGCUAGUUCAAAAUCAAAAACGUGGUUCUAG